AUGCCACGACCUGGCAAAUCUUCUUAUUCAGAUGAAAAACCUCCAUAUUCAUAUAUUGCUUUAACAGCAAUGGCUAUUCAACAAAGUCCAGAAAAAAUGUUACCACUUAGUGAUAUUUAUAAAUUUAUUACUGAUCGAUUUCCAUAUUAUCGUACGAAUACGCAAAAAUGGCAAAAUUCAUUAAGACAUAAUUUAUCUUUCAAUGAUUGUUUUAUAAAAAUUCCACGUAGAAUUGAUCGACCUGGUAAAGGCAAUUUUUGGGCAUUACAUAGCAAAUGUGGUGAUAUGUUUGAAAAUGGAAGUUAUCUACGUCGACGAAAACGUUUUAAGUUAUUAAACAAAUCUAAUGGAGAAAAAACAGUAAAUAUGAAAAAACCGAUAAAAACAACUCUUAUCAAUACACCAUCAUCAUCUCCAAUUAAAUCACAACAAAUAAAAAGUUCAUUUUUUAUUGAUAAUCUUCUUGCAAAUGAUACAAAUACUAGUACAAGUUAUACAACAUCAUCAGUAUCAUCACCAUCAGAAACAAAUUGUACAUUACAACAUCUACUUUAUUCUACUGAUUUUGAUUUUGUUCAAAAAUUAACAUAUUUUAACGAUUUUCAUGGACAACAGCAACAGGUUUAUUGGUGA